UUGUAAAUUACUUCACCAGUCAGUGGAACCAAUGGUUGUUUUCAAUAGCAUUGGAAUCUCCUCAAAAUCGAGCUGCCACACUCUCACCCUUCUCUGUCUCCUCUUCGCUUCGGAACUUCCGAAGAUUUGAUUUUUACUCACUCCACACAGAAAAACCAAUAAACAAAUUAAAAAGAUUUCGAAAAGACCCCAUUCUCGUAAUCACUCGGAGAAUCUUGUCUCGCCAAAUUCAUCCGUUUGAUUCAAUCUCUGUCACCUGUGGCAUUACUCUAAAUUCGAGCUGAGAGAGACAGAGAGAUAGAGAGAGAUCCUUGAUUCGCUGUAAUCCGAAAUUUGAAACAAUCUUUGUCUCUUUCUCUUUCUUCGGCUCCUCUAUCAAAUGGCGAAUGCAUCUGGGUUCUUCACUCAUCCUUCGAUUUCUUCCAUGCGAAGCAGAACCCACCUCCCGAUUAGAGUUUCUGGAUCUGGGUUUUGCGUCUCGAAAGGAUUCUCUAAAAGGGUUUUUUGCUCCAGCGUCAGCUCCAUCGAUAAGGAUGCUUCGCCAUCUCCUUCUGAAUAUCGACGACCCAGGCUAGUGCCGACUGGGUGCAAAUUGAUUGGAUCUGGUUCAGCAGUCCCAAGUCUUCUGAUUUCUAAUGAUGAUCUCGCCAAAAUAGUCGAUACUAAUGAUGAAUGGAUAGCUACUCGCACGGGUAUACGAAACCGUCGAGUUGUAUCAGGCAAAGAUAGCUUGAUUGGCUUAGCAGUAGAAGCAGCAACCAAAGCCCUUGAAAUGGCAGAGGUUGCUCCUGAGGAUAUUGACUUAGUCUUGAUGUGCACUUCCACUCCUGAUGAUCUAUUUGGUGCUGCUCCACAGAUUCAAAAGGCACUUGGUUGCACAAAGAACCCGUUGGCUUAUGAUAUCACAGCCGCUUGUAGUGGAUUUGUUUUGGGUCUAGUCUCUGCUGCUUGUCAUAUAAGGGGAGGCGGUUUUAAGAAUGUUUUAGUGAUUGGAGCUGAUUCUUUGUCUCGGUUCGUUGAUUGGACGGAUAGAGGAACUUGCAUUCUCUUUGGGGAUGCUGCUGGUGCUGUGGUUGUUCAGGCUUGUGAUGUUGAGGAUGAUGGGUUGUUUAGUUUCGAUGUGCACAGCGAUGGAGAUGGUCGUAGACAUUUGAAUGCUUCUAUUAAAGAAUCCCAAACUGAUGGCUCCAACGGCUCUGUAUUCGGAGACUUCCCUCCGAAACAGUCUUCGUAUUCUUGCAUUCAGAUGAAUGGCAAAGAAGUUUUUCGCUUUGCUGUCAAAUGCGUUCCCCAAUCUAUUGAGUCUGCUCUACAAAAAGCUGGUCUUCCUGCUUCUUCCAUUGAUUGGCUCCUCCUCCAUCAGGCGAACCAGAGAAUAAUAGACUCUGUAGCUACAAGACUAAAGUUUCCACAGGAAAGAGUGAUUUCGAACUUGGCUAAUUACGGUAACACAAGCGCUGCUUCGAUUCCUCUAGCUCUUGAUGAGGCGGUGAGAAGCGGGAAAGUUAAACCGGGACAUACCAUAGCCACUUCCGGUUUCGGAGCCGGUUUAACUUGGGGUUCGGCAAUUAUCAGGUGGAGAUGAAUGGCUACGUUCGACAUGUAAACACUUCAGAGCCCAAAGUUUUUUUUUCUCUCUUCCACAGAGUAGAGGAAGCACCUGGAAUUUGGUUUAACCGGGCUGGUUUAGUCCGGUUAAAUUAGAAGUAAAGCGCAUUUUGUUUGAUUUCGUUAUUUUUUAUUUCACUGUUUUUUGGAGGUUCCAUUGUUGUUACUUGUUAGUAGUUUUAUCUUGAAUGCUAAUAAUUUGAAAGAAAAAAAAAAAGAGCGUUCGUCCAUCAUUUCUCGUUUGUAGGUGUUGUCUUAAUCCUUUUUUUUCUGUUCUUGAAAACACUUUUUUUAGUGAUAAAAUUAAGAUUCGUUCAAAUCA